AGGAGAAAGCUAACUCUCUGCUGCGGUGACUGAGAACACCGCUGGGGCUCGCGACCGGAAACAGCACGGGGGCGGGCUUCAUGCCGGAAGUGCUAGCCAGCAGUUGUUUCGGUUGGCCGCCUAGCUGGUGGGAGGUGGGCGGGCGAUUGGAGGCUAGGAACCGGAUCGAAGGUUAGGGAUUCGAAGGCAGUUCGGUGCUGGGACUGAGCGGUAUCAUCCAGUCAAACCAUGGGUCCGACCGAGCACUGGGAAGAAUGGUUCCUGAGCCCUCGGGUACUCCCCGCUGGGGUUUUUGGUGUGGCUUCCCUUGCCCGAGUCGCCCUGGUUUUCUACGGGGUCUUCCAGGACCGGACCUUGCGCGUAAGGUACACAGACAUCGACUACCACGUUUUCACGGACGCCGCGCGUUUCGUCACGGAGGGACGCUCGCCUUAUCUGAGGGCGACCUACCGUUACACGCCACUGCUUGCUUGGCUUCUCAUUCCCAACAUCUACCUCGGCGACCUCUUUGGAAAGUUUCUCUUCAUCAGCUGUGACCUCCUCACGGCUUUCCUUUUAUACCGCCUGCUGCUGCUGAAGGGGUUGGGCCGCCGCCACGCCUGCGGUUACUGUGUCUUUUGGCUUCUUAAUCCCUUGCCUAUGGUGGUAUCCAGCCGAGGCAAUGCGGACUCGAUCGUCGCCUCCCUGGUGCUUAUGGCCCUGUACCUAAUAGAAAAAAGACUUGUCGCGUGUGCCGCUGUAUUCUAUGGUUUUGCAGUGCAUAUGAAGAUGUAUCCGGUGACAUAUAUCCUUCCCAUAGCCCUCCACUUGCUUCCCGAACGCGACGACAGAAGCCUCUGCCAAUCCCGGUAUUCCUUCCAGGCUCGUUUUCACGAAUUCCUGAAGAGGUUGUGUGAUCCGGCUGUGGUGCUCUAUGUAGUAGUUGCUGGACUCACAUUUUUUGCCCUGAGUUUCGGUUUUUAUUAUAAAUAUGGUUGGGAAUUUUUGGAGCACACCUACCUUUAUCACCUGACUAGGAGAGAUAUACGCCACAACUUUUCUCCAUACUUCUACAUGUUGUAUUUGACCGCAGAGAGCAAGUGGAGUUUUUCCCUGGGAAUUGCUGCAUUCCUACCACAGUUCAUCUUGCUUUCAGCAGUGUCUUUCGCAUAUCACAGAGAUCUUGUCUUUUGUUGUUUUCUUCAUACGUCCAUUUUUGUGACUUUUAACAAAGUCUACACCUCCCAGUACUUUCUUUGGUACCUCUGUCUACUGCCCCUUGUGAUGCCACUAGUGAGAAUGCCCUGGAAAAGAGCUGUAGUUCUCCUAAUGCUGUGGUUUGUAGGGCAGGCCUUAUGGCUGGCUCCUGCAUAUCUUCUUGAGUUUCAGGGAAAGAACACCUUUUUGUUUAUAUGGUUAGCGGGUUUGUUCUUCCUUCUUAUCAACUGUUCCAUCCUAAUUCAAAUUAUUUCCCAUUACAAGGAGAAACCCCUGACAGAGAGACUCAAAUAUGACUAAUAUUUGCUCCAGUUCUGCCAUUUCUAUUACAUUAUGAUUGUUCUGAAUGGACCAGGAGAGAGCUUUGGAAAAUUUUGAACAUCCUAAGCACCCUAGUGAAUGUUCAGUUUGGAGCAUAAUACCCUGAUUCCACAAAUUAAAACGAAUGUCUGCCUUAUGUAUAAAGGAGACUCAGUAUUAAGGUCCACCCUUUAGGAAAUGGGAGGGAUGUUUGAAAAUGGAAGGGUUGAUGAAACUAUUGGAUAUUAAAAUGUUUUUGUAGAAAAAUACAGAAAUAUGGUUAGAGACAUAAGGUCUGAGUAUUUGUUCUGGUUAUACUAUGUUACUGUCUGAAGCAGUCUUAUCUUUUAACCCCCCCUUUUUCUUUCUCAAGUUUUCCUGAUAUCUGUGGACACUCUCAAAUGUUCCUAAAGCACAGCUUUUAUAUAUAAAGUGUUAAGUAAUGCGACUGUAUGUGUUUAGGUUAGGAAAAUUAGUUCUGUAUUAAUAGUGGAGGCUUAGAAGAUAAAGAAUUCAAAGCAAUUAAAUUGUAAUCAUGUUUUAUGUAUUUGUUUUAUACUUAGUUUUUCAGCACGCAGUCCCAGUGGUAUUAGAUUACCAUUUUUGGUCGUAUACAAAAGGGAUUAAAUUUAAAUUUAUCCAUUUUUAAACUUGAGUUAUUACAUAUUUUAAAAUAGCAUCUUGCUUUUGAUGUUUGGGGUCUGCAAACAGAACAUUUUAGUGUUCUGUUAUACCUCUUUAAUUCUGAUUUUAAAAAAUAUCUUUCAUCUACAAUUUAAGUUAAUCAACUGUUAUCUGUUGUAAAAAUGAAUAUUCAUAUAUUUUAGGUGAUAAAAACUCAAAUUGUUAUUAUGGCAUUUUCCAUACUUAAAAGUACCCCGCUUAUGAAAAUACCCAUGAUAGAAAUGGAGACCUGCGUGAGAGGCUCCUGGAAAGCAUAUGAAGCAUCCUAAGUAUCCAUUAGUCUUUUAGACCAGGAAAUACAGGGAGAGAUUAUGAAAACGAGACUCUGUAGAUCCAUUUCCCUUAUUACUAUAAUAUUUCUGAGAAACAAUGCUUUCUGAGAUUAAACCAAGCACUCUAAAAAAAUUUUUUUUAACAUAGCCCAUUAGUUGGGGAUUUCCUAACACUAACCUGCAAUAGUAAUAUAUGGGUUUAAUUUUAUGAUUGUAAUUUUAAAAGAUGAAUAAUUGAACAACAUUGCUCUUCCAUGGUAAAACAAAUGAAUAAACAUCCUCCAAAGAAGUAGUAUAUUUCAUGUCAGGUCAGGCCUAAAAAAGCCUUUGAGAACAAGCUGUGUCUACAUGGUCAUAAUUAAGAAUGCUAUUACUGGCAGCAUUUUGAUGGACAUGUUCUUGGGACCUGCCAUUAGAAAAAAGGGAAGAAUAGAUGGCUUUACAUGGGUUGCUGUUUUUGUGAAAAUAGCAGAGACAAUUGAGGACACUGACCUUAUAAUAUCUAAUCUUCUAUCCUGCGUUAAGUAUUAUCUCUCAGGCUCUUAGUUUAUAACUGUUCACUAGUGGCCUUUCAGCCAUGCCAUUCUUCUCUUCCAUUUUUUUUUUAAUAGAAAUUAAAAAAAUUUUUGGUAGGAAGAUGGGUGGGUAAAUAGAGUUCUUACACCCCUAUGUAAUUGUCAUUUUGGUAUUCUUGACUUCCUGAAUAUUUUUUAAAAUAGUCAUAAGUAUAUUUACUCAUUAAUUUUUUUUUCUACUUCA